AUGGCGAAGCCCGAUCGGACAUCCAGUGUCAAUGGGAUCACCGACGAGAUCUCGUACAGCCACGAUCACGGCGACCCUGACCUCCAGGUCAAAGUUCAAGACUGCACCUUCCACGUCCACAAGACGGUCCUGAUGGAGACGUCGGACUACUUCCGCGCCAUGUUGGAAAGCGGCAUGAGAGAAAGUCGGGAAAACUCCGUCCAACUUCAAGGCUUCACAGCUGAAGCGUUUCAGAUCGUCCUGGACUUUCUGUAUGAGUCGAAGCCAAUCAAAAUGGACGAUAAGAUACACGUUGUUCUUGAGAUGGCACAGUUUCUUCAGAUGAGGCCAGUUCUGGACUACAUCAAGAGUAAAGUCAGCUGUGAGAACUGUGUCCAUCUGUACAUGCUGGCUGAUACUUAUGUCAUCAGCGAUCUGAAGGAAGCUGCAGCACAGCUGAUGGGGGACAACUAUCUGAAGUUUCUUCGCUCGGAAGUUUUCGAAGAGCUGAGGGAGGAACAGCGAGAAGAGGUUCGGAAGACUCGCUUCAGACACCAGAAGUUCCUGUGUGGUGUGAACACGGGGUAUGUGACGUGGCCUGAGCCAGGUCCGAGGGAAUUCAUGUAUUAUGACAAUUCAAAGGACGACUGGAAAACGUUCGCUCACAAGCCGGAGGAGGCAGGCAGGAGAGGGUGGAGCGUGGCCGUACUGGACAACUACAUUUACAUCAUGGGAGGGUACAGCAAACACUUUCUCGGACACCCCUCCGGCGAUGGUGCCGUCCUGGGAGAUUCCUUCUGCUUCGAUCCGGUCAAGAACAAAUGGUCGGAAGUGCGUUCUAUGAACGAGGCUAGAGCCUAUUUUGGAGCAGUGGCUUACGGUGGCUCUGUUUACGCCAUCGGUGGGUUCCAGUAUCAUUUCCCUGUAAAAUCUGUGGAGAGAUACAUCCCUGAACAGGACAGGUGGGAGUUCAGACGGUCCUUACCUGGAGACUGGACUAACUACGAUCUAGCUGUCGUCUGCAAGGGAGACAUCUACGUCAACUCGGAAGACGAAGAGACGGAAAAGUUUGCGCUUCUGAAAUACGCGUCAAACAUCAACCAGUGGGAGAUUCUGUCUCCCCUGCCCAGAAAACGGGACAAGAACAGUAUGGUCGCGGUGGGAGAAACCAUCUACCUUCUGGGUGGGUUGGUUCCCGGAGUAGACUGCUUCAAUGUCACCACAAGACAAUGGUUUGUACUUGAAGACCAUCCGGCCACGGAAGCUAUUCACUACGAGAAGGGGUGUACAGAAAUGGACGGGACGAUCUACGUGUUAAACAGUGAUGAUAUGGCAUGUUAUAUCCUGGAGGCGCAGACUUGGGUGCAGGGGUUGUCAGCCUUCCCAGGAGGGUGUAACGCUAACAAAGCAAUCGUCGUACACCUGCCACCUGAACGGCAAGAUAGAUUUUAGUGUUUUAGUACUUUGUCAUUGUGAGAUUUGUAUCGUUGGAAGAUUUUUUUUCUUCUGUGACAAGAAAAUCGACGAUAUAUUGUACAUGCGAUGAUUACGUGCUAUACGUAUGGAUACAAAACGCUGCAGAAAAUUUUUACGUCGUACAAUGUUUGACAUGUCCUGGCGUCGACUAUACUAAAGUAGCAUUGCAAUAACUUUAUCACAGGGCCACGGAUGAUAUAAUUUUGUUGAUGGAUUAAAAGCGACAUCUUGUGAUGGCAUAUUGUAUUGCCACCUUUGACGAUCUACUCCCGAACAAUGGGACAGUACACUUGAUUGGUCCGCAUGAAAAUACAUGUCUAUAAUGUAAGUAUCUAAGACAGAUGGAUGUGCCAUAUUGGCGUCAUCUUCUAUUAGAUGUUAGCUAACGAGGAAUAGAAUUUUUGAUUUCUAAUUGCAUGAAUAGUGGCAGUGAAGUUUGUGUGGUUACAUCGUGGUGGACUCUGGAAACCAGCACGUUGGCCGAGUAUGUCCACCAUAUUGCUAUCCCUUCAAGGCAAACCGCAUGAGUAAGCAGGUUCACUAUUUUAGUACACAUGUACAAUGAAAUGCAUAGAGGGCAAUGUCUUAAAGCUAAUGGUCUCAGAGACAUAAACAAAACACGUCUAAACAUUGUUAUGUAAAUAGCAACAAUGGUCGAAACAAAAACUGUUUACAAGUUGGGGUCCCUUACCUUUGACAUAUUGCUCACGAUGCAUUUCGCCGCGCAAGCGUACUUCGAUUCGUGAACCGAUUCUUUUAUGCCAGCGACUUUUUAUGACAUUUUGAAACGGAAGUAUUUUUCAUAGCUUGGUGUUCAAUGGCAUCAAAAGUAUGUAAACAUCCUGUUGGGCACACACGUGUAUGUUGAUUCAAUGAUACCAUUGUUGUCGAACAUGAUAAGAAAAUGCUUUGUUUUGGUGUCAUCGGUGUCUUUUAAGUACUUAUGAAGUAUGUUUUAUGAAGUAUGUUUUAUGAAGUAUGUUUUAUUGAUGAAGAUUAUUGUCAGUAAUCGUUAGACAUAAAGUAUAGGUACGUACUUCGUCAUUCAUUAGUGAAGUCAUUUAAUUACCGUUGUUCGUUCUUUGUCUACCUA